AAACACCACCUUUGGAAAAAGGCAACCAAAAGGACAUUACACGUUACAUUACAUAUGGAAAGGGUAGUUGAAAUAUUUCUAAUAAAAUUGGAAAGUGUGUAUACAACAGCAACGUAUCGCCCACCUGUUCUACUCAUUAACAACUAACUUGUGAAUUUUAAAUUGUGAAAUACGUAGCAGGCACUACGUUCACUUCGAUUUUUCGACAGAAAAAAAAACGAUAGUGAAUAUCCGGAAAAUUGCCUUCAAAAGCAAAGGAAGAUUCAAUAAGUGCGCACGGCAUCGAGUGAGCGUACGGCGAUUGUAAGGGCGUUGGUGACCACGGUCACGGCACUGUUGUGGUCACAGCAACGUGUCGUUGUUGUUUAUAAUUUUCAAACAAAUCAAUUACCACCAAAAACAAGGCAACAACAGUGUGUUUGUUAUAAAAGCAAUCAAAUAAUUGAAAAUGGAUCACAGCCCGUCAAACGCUACGCUGCCUGGUAAACGCCAGCAUCCGUCUACAAUGCAGCGUAAGAAGUCCGGUCCGAAAUUUGAGCUUUCCGAAGCGCAAAAAGCCGACAUCAAGGAGGCCUUCGAUUUAUUCGAUACAGAGUGUACCGGUUUUAUCGAGGUCAAGGAGUUGAAGGUUGCAAUUCGUGCGCUUGGCUUUGAGCCGAAGAAGGAGGAAAUCAAACGUAUGAUUGCCGAAAUCGAUAAAGACGGCACAGGACGCAUAUCAUUCAAUGACUUUCUACAGCUGAUGACCAUGAAAAUGGCGGAGAAGGACACCAAAGAGGAAAUACUGAAAGCGUUCCGUUUGUUCGAUGACGACGAUACUGGCUCGAUUUCGUUUAAAAAUCUGAAACGUGUUGCACGUGAAUUGGGUGAAACGCUGACCGAUGAGGAGUUGCGCGAAAUGAUUGAUGAAGCUGAUUUGGAUCAUGAUGGUGUGGUGAAUCAGGAUGAGUUUUUGCGCAUCAUGAAAAAGACAAGUCUAUAUUAGUUGUAUGUUUGUGGUUGUAGCGUGGCACCAAAGUGGUGCUAUGCGUUGAUUAUAAUGGUCAUAAUGACUGGGCGGAAGGGUUCUUAUUCUAUUUUUUAAUCGUUUGCUUUAAAUAUUUAUUAGUUCUCCAAUAUUAUGUGGUUUAUUUGCCACACAGCUAAACGUCUAGUUAUCAUAAUUUAAUUCUAACUUAUAUUGAAACAAACUUGCUGCUUAUACUUACACAUAAUAAUAAAAUAACUUAUAAAUACCUCUGCUGGACUUACAUAUGUAUACAAGAAUAUUACGAAAUACUUAUUUGUGCUUAUUGUUUUGUUAAAUUAAUUUAUUUUGUCUAUUUAAAUAUAAUAUAUGAAUACCUGCAUAUUGCAGUAAAAUGAGAA